AAUUUUCUAUUUUUACCCCUAACAAUGUAUAAAUACUAAACCUCUCCCAUGAAAAUGGAAACCUUAAAUCCAUUGACCAAGUACAGAGUUCCCCAGAUCGAAACUCAGACAAAAAAAAAAAAAAUUGUCCGAUCUAACAGACUCUUCAAACUGAAAACAGAUGACACCAGAUUUCAGUUUGAGAAAAAUCUCAGGCCCCCACAACAUCAUCCUCAAUGGCAGAUGGUUCAUUGUUUUUGCUUCAAUCUUGAUUUUGUCAGUUUCAGGUGGCACUUAUUUAUUUGGUCUUUAUUCACAACAUGUCAAAUCUUCAUUGGGUUAUGACCAAACAACCUUAAAUUUGUUGUCUUUCUUUAAGGAUGUUGGUGCUAAUGUAGGGAUUAUUGCUGGAUUAAUUAAUGAAGUUUGUCCACCAUGGGUUGUUCUUUUAAUUGGAUCAGUGAUGAAUUUUUCUGGAUACAUUUUUUUGUGGUUAGCAGUCAACGGUGAUGAAUUAGUCAAACCCCAGGUUUGGCAAAUGUGUGUCUGUUUAAUGGUUGGUGCAAAUUCACAAACUUUUACUAAUACUGGUGCUUUAGUUACUUGUGUUAAGAAUUUCCCUGAAAGUAGAGGAAUUGUGAUUGGAUUGUUAAAGGGUUUUGUUGGUUUAAGUGGUGCAAUUAUAACACAAUUGUUUCAUGCAAUUUAUGGGAAUAAUGGGAAAUCUUUGGUUUUGCUAAUUGCUUGGCUUCCACCAUUUGUUUGUUGUAGUUUGCUUAAACAUGUUAGGGUUAUGAAAGGGAUUAGUCGUCAAGAAAAUGAGGUCAAGAUUUUUUAUCAGCUUCUUUAUAUAUCACUUGGUCUUGCUGGAUUUCUAUUAAUGAUCACUAUUUUGCAAAAUAGGGUAGCUUUUAGUUUGGUUGAAUAUAGAGUGAGUUCUUGUAUUAUGUUGCUUUUGUUGUUUGCGCCCAUAGCUAUUGUAGUUAGAGAAGAAUUGAAACUUGGGAAAGGAAGGAAACAAGUUUUAGAUGAUUCUUUCCCAUUGAAAGGAUUAGAACAAGGGAAGGUACCUUCAAGAAAUCAGGGAAAAGGAGUUUUAUGGUACAAGAAUAUUUUUAAGCCACCUGAGAGAGGCGAAGACUAUACAAUUUUGCAAGCACUUUUGAGUAUUGACAUGUUGAUUUUGUUUAUUACAACUAUCUUUGGAGCUGGUGGAACAUUGACUGCUAUCGAUAACAUAGGUCAAAUUGGUAAGGCAUUAGGAUAUCCUAACACGAGUAUUGCAACAUUUACUUCACUAGUGAGUAUAUGGGGUUAUCUUGGAAGAGUAGUUUCGGGGUUUGUCUCCGAGAUUUUCUUGACAAAGUAUAAAGUCCCUCGCCCGUUGAUGCUUACUUUUGUGCUCCUAUUAUCUUGCAUUGGUCAUAUUCUUAUAGCUAUGGGAAUCCCAAGUGUUCUUGAUGUUGCAUUGGCUAUACUUGGAUUUUGCUUUGGAGCUAUGGCACCUUUGAUAUUUUCCAUAAUAUCAGAACUUUUUGGACUAAAGCACUAUGCUACGCUGCUCAAUUUUGGCGGAGCAGCUAGUCCAAUUGGAGCUUAUGUAUUCAAUGUUAGAUUGGUUGGUCAUUUUUAUGAUAAGGAAGCUUUGAAGCAAAUGGAAGCCUUGGGACUAUAUAGGAAGCUGGGGGAUCAUCUGACAUGCAUUGGUAUCGAGUGUUACAGGUCUUCUUUUCUGAUAAUUGCUGCAGCAAGUUUUGUAGGGUGCAUUGUAUCAUACAUUUUGGUGCUUAGAACAAGAAAGUUCUAUAAAGGCGAUAUUUACAAGAAGUUCAGAGAGCAAGCGUAGCAAUGUAGGAUCAGAGUAAGCUUGGCCAAAUAGUUUCAUUCUGCCACACAUUUGUAACAUUCUAUGAUUUAUAGCUAAUAGUUUGAGUCGUACUGAUCAAUUGUAGGGAUAUUUAUAUUUGAACCCAUGUCAUAUUGUAAUACAUUAUACACAUAUCAGGAAAAAUAGAAUGACAUGUUGACAAAUACCUAGGAUUCUUGGCUCAUUAUGUUUUCUGUUGUAGUUUCGUGCAAUAUAACUUGUAAGGUUCUGGUAUUGGAUUA